UUGUGAAUAUUUUUCUCGAGUUACUGUGUUGCGCGUAUGUAACCCUGAACAGAGCAAUAGCAUUACGUUUCACGACUGAACUGAGCAAGACACUUGAAAAAAAUGAUAGUAAUGUUAGAUUGUUUAUGUCAUGCAUUGGCAGACGUCCUAUAUGGGUCAUAUCAUUGUGUCAGAAGUCGAGUUUGUGCCUCUUGGCAUGCAUCCUGUGUUAGCUAAAACUCUCCCCUAUUGAAUAGCAGUGCGCUUCUGGCACGGAGCAGCAGCGUGAAUACCUGGACAAGCCUUGUUGAUAUUUACUCACACUGUUCUGUCAUUUAAAUGCUUGUCUGGGGCUGUUUUACGUAGCGACUCUUGCACUGACUCUUUUUCACGCUGUAACUUUGUUCUUUGAUACUUUAAAUCUAAGAAACAUUACGCCGAUGUUUGUUUGCAGAAUGUUUACGUCCAUAAACCAUGAACAUUGGACUUUGUUGCGUUGCGCUUUUGUUGCGGUCCAUUGUAGUUACAUUUUAUAAUUGAUUCAGUGUCCUUCAUAAAGUCUUUGUUGAACCUUUUGGACUUAUGAGUUGGACGGAGGGGGUGGGCUUUGACUUCUAUACAAGAUGCCGAUGUAACGCGAAGGGAAUCAUUAUCUGUCCAACAAACAGACUGGCCCUGUGCUCUUCUCUCACUGGGAUACGUGAUAUAACCGUGCAUUGCUGUUGAUUUUUCUCCUUUCUCGCAAAAUUUAAACCGUUGUCAUGUAGGGAUCUUUUAAAAAGCACAGAAAUAACAUUGAUAAACUAAUUCAUUUUGAGUUCUUUUGCAUGCAGACCCACACUUGCAUUAAUAAACUGUGCAUUUCCAAGCGUAUGAUGUAAUACCACAGCCUUUAUGUUUUAUAAGUAAUGCCAUAUCUCUGUAUUGGUUUGUAAUAGCUGAUAGUGGAAGUAAACUUUACUAACGACAGUCUAGAGAAAGUAGUUUAGUCAAAAUAACUUUCUUUAUAUUCCCUGAUAUGAUUUGAUUAUAAGCAUCAUAUUUUGUUUUUAUUAAGACAACGUGGACUGUAUAAAAUGUAAUCAAAGACAAAAGCAAAAUUAAUUCAUAUUUAUAUAAAAAAGUAACAUAUAGCCUCGAUGCAAAGUAUGGUCAAUGUAGGCUAUAAGAUUUAUACACUUGUUGUUUCUUCAUAGUUAACAAGAUAUUAAUGGCCUAAAUUGUUUUAAUUUGUAGGCUAAUUGAAGAAGCCAGCAGAAAUCUUUACAUGAUAGCCUAUAUAUUGUGCUCGCUUCAUAGUUUUACAUGCCUGCCCCAAGUGCUCACCACAUAAAAAUGUCAUUUGGAUAAAAAGUUGGAAAUUGCUUAAAUCUUUGUCAAUGUCACGGAGGUGCAGUCGAGGUGGGCUGGAGAUAUGGGAUAUGCGCUUGCUGGAAGAGGAGGAGUAUGACUGUGUAAUUAAAGGCGAAAAAAAAAAAAAUCUUCAGACUGAUUUGUUAGGCUCCAGCAGACUAGAGGGUGUUACCGACCCAUAUUAUAUCAAGUUUGAAAAGCGAACACAUGAUCAGAAAUUAGGCGCCUUCAAGUUUUCUUAUUGCACGUGCGAUAUAUUAUCCGAGAUUCCUAUUUGAAACUCAACUCUCAGAUUCCGGUAGCUUUUUACUCAGCGGCGGGUUCAUCUCACGCGCUGUGGAUGCGUCUAGAUUCACUCCGUUUACAAUCUUUUGUGCUCUUAAAUAGUCGCCGGGAUCGGUUAAAUGCUAAGUGUGGGAUCUCCAGUUGUUCUCUGUUUCCGGAUAAGAGCGUGUUUUUUUUGAAUGAGGAUAUCAGGUCUUACUCAAACGUGCACGGAGCAGCACGGGCUCUGAAGAAUGAAGCGAUAAUAUCAAUCAUCUGAUACCCUUCAGGACUUUGAUAACCGCGCGAUCUACGAUGUAUUCGCCGAUUUGUCUCACACAGGAUGAGUUUCAUCCCUUCAUCGAGGCUCUGCUCCCUCAUGUCCGUGCCAUAGCCUACACCUGGUUCAACCUGCAGGCACGAAAGCGCAAGUACUUUAAGAAGCACGAAAAGCGAAUGUCCAAGGAUGAGGAACGGGCAGUGAAAGACGAGCUUCUCAGCGAGAAGCCUGAAAUCAAGCAGAAGUGGGCGUCUCGUCUCCUGGCCAAACUGCGCAAGGACAUCCGGCAGGAGUACCGGGAGGACUUUGUGCUCAGCGUAACGGGCAAGAAGCACCCGUGCUGUGUUCUCUCCAACCCCGACCAGAAGGGCAAGAUCCGCCGUAUCGACUGCCUGAGGCAGGCAGAUAAAGUGUGGCGGCUGGACCUGGUGAUGGUCAUCCUGUUCAAAGGUAUUCCGCUGGAGAGCACAGAUGGGGAGCGGCUGGUCAAGUCCCCGCACUGCACCAACCCGGCACUUUGCGUCCAGCCCCACCACAUCACUGUCUCUGUGAAAGAGCUGGACUUGUUUCUGGCAUACUAUGUCCAGGACCAAGACUCGCAACAGUCAGGAAGUCCCAGCAACAAUGAGCCUGGCAAGAACCCUCCAGUUUACUUGGAAGAGAGCUUUGUUAAAUCAGGGGUCUUUAGUGUUUCGGAGCUGGUGAGAGUGUCCAGAACUCCUAUCACACAGGGUGCAGGAGUGAACUUCCCUAUGGCUGACAUGCCAAGUCAGCCAUAUUAUCAAGACCUGAACUCAGGAGUGAGUUUACACCGGACCCUCUCAUCUCCUCAUAGCAGUAAGCGGCCUAAGACGAUCCAAGAGGACAGUAUGGAGACUAGCCCCACAGGGCCAGACUUCUACCCGUCCCCCAGUUCACCGGCCAGCAGACCCUGGCAUGAGAGAGACCAAGACAUGUCCUCUCCCACCAUGAAGAAGCCAGAGAAGCCAUUAUUCAGCCCCACAUCUCCACAGGACUCUUCACCUCGGCUCGGCACCUUCCCUCAGCACCACCACCCAGGACUUACCACCGUUGGCCAUAUAAUUUCCACCAGGAGUCCACCUCCACAUUCUCCGCUGCAGUUCUCCGCCCCUGCCAUCCUUCCCCCAGCCCCAUCGCCCUACAUCUCUCACAGCGCCAUCCGCUACCCACCGCACCUCAACCCACCCGACUCCCUCAAGAACUACAUGCAGCCUUAUGACCCGUCCAGCCCACAGAGCAGCCAGCCGAACAGCAGUGGUCAGGUGCUGGGGAAAGUGCCGGGUCACUUCACGCCAGUACUGGCCCCCUCACCCCACCACGGCACGGUCAGACCGGUGUCUCUCUCAAUGACUGAUACCAAGCCAAUCACCACAUCCUCAGAGGGUUAUUCGGCUCCAGGCACCCCCACUGCCAACCGUUUUGUGGGACUGAGCUCCAGAGACCCAGCCUUUCUUCACCAGCAACAGCUGAGGAUUUGUGACUGGCCCGUGAAUCAAAACAUCAGGUCAUAUGGCUCAGAGGAGGCUUUGGGGAUUUCUUGGCAAAGUCCUGGUACCUGGGCGAGCUUAAUUCCAUUCCAAGUGUCGAACGGGACUCCGAUUCUGCCAACAAAUGUCCAGAAUUACAGCAUAAACAUCAUUGGUGAGCCCCUCCUCCAGGCAGAAUCAAGCAAUUGAACUGGACCCAGGAGAGACAGGUCCUCGGACAAACCAGCAAGCAGCACUUAUACAAUCGACAUGGACCUUUGUCCCACCCUCUCAAGGACAUUGGCUUAGAGCAGUAGAGUGAGUCGGGUCAAAGUGUUCUCUUCUGACAUGAGCCUCUCCACACCAGUCAGUCAUUGUGUAAGGAGGCCCCUGAACUGAGAUACUGUGAUCUUUACCAUACAAACUUUAGAUGCCUUACUGUAUAUGCAUGACAUGCUAGUCUCUCUUGUUAGUGUUUCUCUUGUUCUUAUGUCACGAUUACUAGUCUUGGUUUACGAAACGAUUUAGAGGGGGGCGGCCACACAAGGGCUGGCUGGAUGGAUGGUUUGUAAAGCGGGCUGCGAUUCGAACAAACUUUCAUCAAACAGAGGCUCAUCGUAUUCGUAACAUAAACACAGGAACAAUUUUCAAUGAACUGAAUGUUUCUAUUUUCAUAUUAGCCUCAACAUUUAAUUUACCUACAGUGGAAAAUCUUUUGAAACCGUAAUCUUGUCAGUCCUGUACUUAUUUCCUUUUAAGGUAAAAGUUGGAAUUUACUCUCCAGAGUUAAGAACUCUGAAAACAUUUUUUUUUUCCUACAAUGAAAGAAAAAGCCUAUAUUAUUAGGUAAGAAAUACAACCCCUUUUUUAAUUUUUAUUUUUAUUUUUUAUAUAUAUAUUUCCUUUGAAAAGGAUUUUGAGAAAAAUAAGACAAUAUCUCAUAAGAGGCAAGUGCAAUUUAAAUGAUUUUACUGAAGGGAAGCUAUCAUAGUCUGUCUGCCCUAAGACUCUAAAGGAAUGGGGAGUAAAUGUUUUUAGGUGAACUUUAAAACAUAAAAAAGAAAAAGAAAAUAAAAAAUCACAUCCUUGAUUCGGGAAACUAGGGAAAGCUAAGGAUGGAAGAAAAGAGUGGGAUUGACAGUGAACGUUUACGUGAGCAGAACUGAACACGAACAAGACAGCACUUAUUUUGAGCCGUACCCAAACAUGCGGGUAGUUUUUUUUUAUUUAUUAAAAUGAAAACUUAUAGUAGGUGAAAAAAGACUCAGACACACGGCGUGUGUAAAAUGGCUUAUUUUGACAUAUUACUCACCGAUCUAGUAUGCAUGUUUAGUCGGCUAUUAGCUUGUAAAGCUACUGUUUACACUUUGAUAUCAUGAGAAACAAGAGGAACGCAGAGUAAUUUAAGACAAAUUGUGUAUGUGUGUAAAGCUGUACUCAUUUCAACACUAACCUGCAGGUUGAGGCGAGGUCUCAAGGUGCUUUUUUCAAACCCACUUUGGUAGUUCCCAACAGUCGCAGUCCCAGAAAUCGUCGAUUGCUCCCGGCAUUCACAAUGCCAUUGUCUCUCCAAUCAGACAUAUUUAUAUAAUUAAUCUUUCCAAUAAUCUUAAUUUGCACGAAAAUAUAUAGUCCACGUUACGUGCCUUGCCUUCGACUUUAGAAAACAUCACUACACUUGUUUUUGCUGCAUUUACUAUCGUUUUUGGGAAAAAAAAAAGUAACAUUUUUAUGAUAAGAAAUAUUUUGUACUCUGGAUGAAAUUGUGACAUUGUUGAUUUUUAGCUUCAUUUACUACUUUAUCUCUCAUUUACAGUGCGUAUCAAGGCUGUGUAUAGUUACCGUUCUAAAGUUUAUAAUCAACCAGCAUUUUUUUUUUCCAGUAUUUUGGUGGUUGUCAUUUUUGAUUCUGUUUUAAUCGUUUGUUUGUUUAUUUCUCCAUCUUCCAGUCAUUAUUGGGGAGGGCGGGUCCAGAUUUAUAAGAAUUAUGCAAUACCAAGUUUUGCCUAUGUAGGUAGUGCUUUUAGCUAUGUGGAUAAUUAGAAGCUAGUACAGAAAUACAAAUAGUGUAAACAUUUAUUUUGUUGAUAUUGUUGUUGUUGUUGUUGUUGCUGUUGUUGACGUUGUUGUUGUUUUCCUUUUUUUUUUUUUUUAUUCGUAAUUGACCAAAGUGGAAACUGCUUUCUAUGCAGUGUGCGACAAGGUCUUUUUUCCCUUAAGUGUACCUAAAGGCAGAGAAGUGCGUGCGAGAGACGUUUGUUUCGUAUUCUCUAUAAGGGGAGGACUUUUUUCCACACGUUGAAGCAUGUCUGCAAAGAAGGCACCAUUUGGUCUAAUACGGCUGCAAAGUCACUGAUUUGCCUACUGUGACUAACAAACUCCUUCUUCAAACUUCCCACCUGGGGUGCUAGUUUGACCUUCGGUAGAAGACGACUUUCAUAGAGGAGACAGCUUGACUUGAGAGCGACAAUCACCGGCGAAUUACGCACACUAGGGCAAAGUGUUAAAUGCUGGCAUCUUUUUAUCAGAUAUCUUCACCACCCCGUUCUCCCUGUCCAGUAAAUAGCUAUAUGCAAUUCCCAAGUAGAUGCCUUAAAUUUACAAGUGACUUGUUAUAAAAAAUGCAUUACAAUCACUGUCACGCAAGUUGCUGCGUGUUAAAUCUGUCACAAUCAGUAAAUAUCACUGUUUUUAUUCUUCCCUUUUGAAGUGCUCAAAUUUACAGCCUUAUUGAGGUUGUAGUCCGUAAACAAAACCCCCCAUGGGGAGAAUCGGUUUUUAUAGUUAUCUCAAGUUUUUAUAAUUAUUUUCGAGUUGUUUUAGACUUCGGGGAAAGGGAAUAAUUUAAUGCUCUUAUGGUCUUGAGGAUCAAGAAAAAAAAAGGUUUUGCACCUACAGCAUAUAGGCAAUCAUCCACCCAUAGUGUCUUUCAAUUAAAUACAGAACAACACAAAAUCUCAGGCGUUUUGCUUCACAGGGCAUUACCAGCAUCAAUUAAUAAUAAACUUCACUUCAAAUCCCCCUCGCAUUUCAAAUUGUAGCCUUUAAAUCAGUCUGUUUCUGAGACCUCAAGUCAAGCUGAAUCUCUCCUCCUUCACCAAGAUGUUUAUAUAUACAGUAUAUAUAAUAUUAAGCUAGAGUCACCCCGUUCAAUGUGCACUGUUCUGUCUUUUUGUUGCUUUUGAUUUGCAAAAAGUAAGUGCUUUGCAGCCUUCUGGCCGUUCGCGAUGCCACUGAAGUGCAUUGUGCAUUUCCUCCUGAAGUGGUGGGAGUGUCAGGGUCAUUGAGUCAUUCUUGUGUUGGAAACCGUGAAGGAGGACGUAGGUAGGGGUCAUCUCGAUGGCCAUCGUAAUAGCAAUAGUUUUCAGUAGUAGUCAUUAUGGGUUAAAAUCUGCUCUGGCAGCUAUGUGAACUGUGUGCGUGUGUGUGUGUGUGUGGGUAGAUGAAUACGUCAGAGUGUGUGUUUCAAGAUGACUCUGACACUACGAGAGGAGAGUACAUGAGGGUCUUCUAUUGAAAUGCCUGCCUUGUUGACAAAAGUGUGUACACUGUAAAUUUCUUUUUUUCCCCGUUUGUAAAAAGAAAAACUUUUGACAUGUAUUGGUGAAUUUAAGUGAUGUCCAUAUUUUUUAGUGAAACAAAAAAAGCAACGAAAAAAUACAAAACUGUUUUGAGUUUCGAUUUGUGUUACGACUCGACAGCUGUCCGAUACAUAAGAAAGAGGCUGAAUAUGUAAUUCUUUAUUUUUAUUUUCCUGUACUUAUAAAGUGGAGUGAAUUCCCGUAUGGGACUGUAAAUGUUUAAAACAAAAUGAUGAAGGUCUUUUGUUGUAUUUCGUGUUGAUUAACUUGGAUCCUUGAGACAUUUCAUAAAUGUUUGAAGUGUUGUUUUGUUAGUGUGGCCAUAGAGUGUGUGUGUGUGAUGUGAUUAUGUGAUAUUGAAAACGGGACAAGAAAUAAUGUGGAAAUUUGUGCUAAAUAGGGUCAUUAUUUGUUCUUUUGAACCGUUGGGGAACUCCUAGUCACUUUAGAAGAAAGGCACCUGAUUUGAGUCUCCCAACAACAACUACCAGGGUAAUGUCACUACACGACAUCACAGAUUGUUCUGCUGUCUUGUGCAAAGUAAAGCAUGCAUUAUUUCCCCCCGUCAAUAGAGGCUGACCCACCAUACCAUGUACAGAAUUUGCCGGCUGAAAGGCUGAGAUUUUUCUGCUGCACGUAGGCACCUCCAUUCUGCAGUGUUUACAUAUGUCCGCCAUGGGCAGGGAUCGCCAUGUUAGGAUGAAUGCUGCAUAGUUUUCAGGGCAGGCUCGGUACUCCCAGAAGCCUUUGUGUGCACCCACAGAUGUCUUUUUCAUGCUGCCAUCACAGAGGAAAACAGCUGAGCAUUUGCACUUUCCGCAGUUCCCACUAGCCCUUUCAUUGGCACAUUUGUUUGUUGUUUGGAUUACGUCUAGCUAGCGAUGAUGCUCUGAUUAGCCUCGGAGCUACGAUUAGAUAGUGUUGGUAUCUCGUCGGACCGAAUGUUGUCAUGGUAGCUCGAGGCACUUCCCCUCACCACAGCAUACAAUGUCACGAGGCUUAUACGGCGAUCACAUUAAACCUUAUUUCUGGGUAGAAGUAGCGAUAUAGAGUAGUUUCUUUUUUCAAAGGGCUGAUCUUUUUGAAAGCAGUGUUUUGUUGCAGAAUUCAGAUAUUGAAAGCAGUAAGAUGAUGGUCUGAUCGAGUUGUGAAAGCCAUGGUCCAUGGCCCUAGAGAAGCCACAUGUAAAUAACUUAUGCAAGGAGGACCAGUGGAACUCAUGCAAUGUCUAUUUUCAGCUCUUCUGUGUGUCAGUGCAGGGAAACGGCAGGAGGACAUUUUGGUCCACAUCUACUCUCAUAUUUCCAUUUCUAGGGCAUUUACAACAGCAUGAGUGAUCAUUGACAUAAAUAGGAACAUAAAAACCAGCAUAUUAUGAGACGUUUACCAAAAAACAACAAAAAAAAAGGAAAAAAAAAAGGAAAAAUAUUUCAAGCAGUGCCUGUUUCAGCUCAAAGUCUCAGUGGACUUUCCCUUGUAAAUAUAAAAACAUGGAAUUUUCUUUAGGGAAUACAAAAAAAUCUCCAAUCAAAAUAGAUUCUAUGGGAUGCCUCUUCCCAUGUUUUUUUUUUUUAUUAUCCCCCCAAACGUUUCAUUGUUGUUGUUGUUUUUUUGUUUUUUUUUUUUGGUCCUGGUUCUGUGUUUUGUGUUUUUGUGCUUUGUUCAAUUUUGGAUAAUUUAGUCAAAUGGGAUACCCCAGUCUCUAUUUCACAGAGAUCAAGUAAUAGUUGGGCAGUGUGUUUCUCUAGACUACACUUAGUACUACAAUAGAUGACAAAAAAUGUCAGGUGAAAAAAAAUUUGCCAGCUCCACAGCAAAGUUGUUUCUUUUUUCUUUUGCUUUUUUUGAGGGGGGGGGAGGGAGGGGGGGGGGUCUUGUGGCACUUUUAUGCCCAUUGCAAAUUCAGUGGUAUUGUGGUAACUGAGUUUAUAACAUGACAACAACAACACUAACACCAACAAAUAAGUCGUAACAGUUUUUAGUAGUGAUUGUGGAAACAGCAGUUGUAUGCAAAUAUCACUGUAUGUUCUGAAUGUACAUUAUAGAAUCACUUUAUCAAGUUUUUGUGUUUUUACUUACAGUUUAAGAAACACAUGUGUCCUUCAAGAAGCUGUAUAGUGAAGGCCUUGUUUUAUUUUCUGUUGAUUUCAACUUUUUCCAUUUUCACAGCUAUAAACAGUAUAGGCACUGCCUUGCCUUCGAGUUGGUUGAAUUUGGUGCAGGGGCUAAAAAUGCCACAAGAUUACAAAUGAGUGUAAAUAACGCUUGACUUUUUUGUGAUUGUUACUGUUAUAUCCAGCCUAUACUGCUAGCAGCUGUUUUUACUGCAGUCAAUUACUGGAAGUGGAUAUAUUUCCUAUGCAAAACUGUUUAAACAAUAAAAUGAGCUAUGCUACAAAGCAA